AUGCACGGGGACGUGUUGUCCGCGCGCUCCGUGAACGGGGCGACGAUUGUGCACGUGGAAUCAGUGGACGGGGUACGUACGAUGUCCGGCGGGAGGAUUCUAUCGAACUCGAGCAACUCAAAGUCGAAGUUCAAACGAGAGAGACACGAUGGGACGAUGGAUAUCGGUGAUGUCGCGGAUGAUGAAGACGAAGAAGAAGACAAAGAACGAAAGGCGAAACGCCGAGUCGGGGAAAUAGCGACUGGGAUGGCGAAAAUGCGACUGAUGCUGACGAAAGGUGGUGAUGAGAGUUUCGGGUUCACCGAAGGGAGGAGGAACAACAACAACGCGGGUGGUGGUGGUGGUCUCAACCUCCCGAACGACGCGAACGAGGAGAAAACCGUCGGUAAAGGAAAUACGAAGAUGAUGGUAAAAAUUCGCGCGGACAUGUCCAAAUACGCGAACGAAGACGAAGUUUGGGACGAGAUCGAUCGUGCGAUUCGAGACGUGCACGAAAGAGACGAGGAGAGUCUCUGGGCGUGUUCCGUGGUUCGGUUACAAACAGACGUUUUGAACUGCGUAUCGUUGGAUAAACUGUUUCGUUUGUCCUCGAGGCCGAUGGCGAGCGCGAGAGCGAGGCGGUUAAUCGCGUUACACGUGAGCGGGUGCAGAGAUAAAGCGAUUGGGUUUGGCAGAGAUUUAGCAUCCUCGAUGGCGAAUCUACCGAUGCUGAGAGAGUUCUCAGCGGUCGGGACAAACUUGGGGAAAGCUUUCAUCACGCGGUUCGCGCACGUGACGCAUACUUUGAAGCAUUUAGAAGUUUUGAAGUUAUCGGCGAAUAAAGUGGCGGAAGAUAUCGACGCGUGCGAGGCUCUGAUGAAUGCCAUCGAGAACUUGCAAAGCGUGAAAGUUUUAGACUUGUCGCAAAACUAUUUAGGCGAAAGAGGCGUGCGAGCCGUGUGCGAAGGUAUGGUGAAAAGGAGGCGGAGAGCAAUUGACCAAUUCGGGAAGCGUCCGGAAGGUUUGAAAAUUUUGAAUGUGUCGCACGAUAGUAUUGGAAAUAAUGGGGCGUUGGCAUUAGCAAACAUGUUUCGAGCGUUCCCAGACGAGGUUUCAGAGAAGUUAGACGUCUCUUUCAACGGUAUUUUCGAACAAGGAGCGACGGCGCUCGCCGAGGCCAUGUGUUCGCAAUCUUCCGGCAUGCGCUCGUUGCGCUCGUUUCGAAGAGAGUUGGAUUUUCGGUGUAAUUCGGUUGCUUUUGAAGGUGCGUGUGCGCUCACAAAGUGUCUCGAUGGUACCAGAAGUUUGAAUCUUUCCAACAACGGCAUCAAAGAUGCUGGUUUGAAGAUUUUAGCGAGACACUUAAAGACGAAUUUCACGGUGACGCACUUUGACGCGAGAGGGAAUGAUAUCACCAGCGACGGCGCGUUUUACCUCGCCGAUUGUCUCUCGGAAAAUUCAACGCUGUUGGAUAUCUCUCUCGAUUCCAACCGGUUGGACGAUCGUGCAGCGGUUGAUUUAGCAGAAAAUCUCUCUUCAAAUCUCGCGACGAGACUGUCGAUUUUAGAUUUGGCGAGGAACGAUAUCGAAGACGAAGGAGGGAUGCGAUUGGCGAAUUUCUUAGCCACCAACGUGAGCAUCGCUCGCUUGAGUUUAUCCUCAAAUCGUUUAUCGGCGAAGGGAGCGCGAGCGUGCGAAGACAUCGCCGGUUUACGUAUAGACGUAAACUGGCAAAAAUAG